AUGAUAGUGGUUACUGCAUCUACUGUAUUCACGGUUUAUGUACUCAAUCUUCACUAUAGAACUCCAGAAACACAUGAAAUGACACCGCUGAUGCGCUCGGUGCUGCUGUACUGGCUCCCCUGGCUACUGCGUAUGAAACGGCCAGGCGUCAAACUCACUUACGCAACUCUACCUUCUAUUUUCAACUCUAAACUCAAGAGUCAUUCCGAAUCGCUGAUUAGAAAUAUCAAGGAAAACGAAUCCAGCACCUCCAGAUCCAACUCUCUCGAGAUUGAGCGACGUCUCCACCAGUAUAUGUCCUCAUCAGGUUUAAUGAAUGGAAUUUCUCCCCCGCUGUCGGUGCCACAAUCACAGAUUUCUGCUCCUCUCGAUCUCGGACAGCAAGCAACCCUUCUCAUUUUGCAACGAAUUUAUCACGAAUUAAAAGUAGUAACAAAACGCAUGAUGGAGACAGACCGAGAGGAGCAAGCAUCGAAUAACUGGAAGUUUGCGGCUAUGGUUGUGGACAGACUUUGCCUAUAUGUCUUCACGAUGUUCAUCCUGGCCUCCACAGUAGGGAUCUUCUCUUCUGCCCCAUAUCUUGUUGCGUAG